AUGACCGAUUUAAGCUUCAUCAACAAACCCCAGUCACAACCGAUCAAAUACAAGUCCAUUAUUGACGUUUUCAAUGAGAAUGCGAGCGAGUUUCCGGAGAAGGAAAUAUGCAUCCAGCGUUUCCCUGACGGAUCUCGACGUCCGAUAACCUACAGCGACCUGAAGCGGAAGUCAAUGAGGACUGCUUCGUACCUGGUGGGUCAAGGUAUUAAAGUAGGAGAUAAAGUAGGAAUCGCGGGUCAGAACUCGAUAGAAUGGAUCAUCGGGGAGCUAGCUAUCCUCAUGGCAGGCGCCGUCAGUGUUCAUCUGCCAAUGUUCGAAGGGAAUUUCCGGAAGACCCUCGAAGGAAUACAGAUUUCAGAAUGUAAGUCAGCUCUACUUGAUCCAGAGAACGACGUCAAGUUUUUAGAAGACAUCGAGGAAUAUGUAAGCAACAAUCCAUCAAAUGAAAGAAGUGGAUCAGAGAACCUGGUCUUUGUCCUACUCCGGAAGCAUGGGAAAUCUACCCUACCUGAUGUGGAAUCAAUGGAAAAAUCAGAUGAAUCUCACACAGAGCGGAAACUUCCUCGAAUCUUUCCGGAGACCACGGCCAUUAUUUUAUGA